UAUUAUUGUUAUUUGAAGAUUUGAAGAUAUCUCAGCCGAGUCUCCCACCGACGACCACCACCGUCUCAAGAUCUACGCCUCCCGAAAUUGCAGGUCGUUAGACUAUUGCCAUUUACGUUUUCUACUCCAGUAUUCAACUUAGAUCCAUCAAACUGAUCUACGCCAUAUUUUGGAGGUCCCUUGGUUGCGAAAAUUCAAACUAGAUGGGGGCCGUGCCUUCAACACCGCGGUGGGGCGGCGAGUUGUCGCAGGACACGGCGGAGUAUUUAAUCGGAACAUUUGUUGGUGAUAAAACGUUUCCGCUCGUUUCUGAUUACUGGCAGAAAUUACUGGAGCUCCCUUUUGAUCUCCAUUGGCCGGCUAAUCGUGUUGAACAAGCUUGCCAGGAAUUCGCACGGAACAAUGGUUCUACAAGGCACCUCGCAAAGAUGUUAAUCCACUUAACCUGGUGUUUACAAGAGUCACUUUCUAACCCUGGUGUCCUAUCUGUGGCUUCAAUGAAAGCUGUAAAUGCAUCUUACAUAUCCUCUGUAUUUCUUAAGUAUUCAAUUGAGAAUUCGACAAGUGAGAACCUUGAAGAUUUGUAUUUGUCCCUAGAUGAGAGUGAAACAGUACAAAGCAAUAUCCGUAAAGAUGAGAGCAUUAUAAGUAUGGUUAUGCAUGCUGUGCUUAGCUAUAUCGGCAGAGUCGAAAUAAGUCCCAAGACGUAUCUCCUACAUCAUGAACUGCUGAACUUCAUGCUCAUUGCCAUGUCUACACAGCUUCUUUCUGGUCCAUCACCCGGACCAAAUGAUGUUCACCCUUUCAUUGAUGCAGCAAUGAGUGAGGAUAGUUCUCUAGUAGGUUUGGUUGUUCACAAACUGCUACUUAAUUACAUCACACGCCCUCGAUCCAAAAGUAGUUCAUCUUAUACCUUAUUGUCUGAAGAAAAUCAGCUUGGUGUUCUGAAAAGAGUUGGUUCAGCAGCUGCAAAUAUAGUGCUAUUACCACUUAGUUACUUUGUGAAUUCAAGUGUGGAAGCUUCAAGAAGUCAACUAGCAGACAGCAGUAUCAAUAUACUACUUAUACUCAUUCAUUAUCGUAAAUGUAUUCUUGUGGAAUCUGUUAAGAACAUCAAUGCCAGUGUCACUUCUGAAUCUCUUCUGAAAGAUGAAACAUAUUUUGCUGAAAACCCGUAUUGCAAAGCCCUGGAAAAUGUUAAGGAUGUUGAGUUUGAUAGAGUGGAUAUUGAGGGAAAUGCACACAGUGGUCCACUUGUCAGAUUGGCUUUUGCUUCUCUCUUUGAUACACUUGGCAUGUGUUUGGCUGAUGAAACUGCUGUUUUGCUUCUGUAUGGUUUGGUUCAUGGGAAUUCAGACUUUUUGGAAUAUGUGUUGGUGCGAACUGAUAUUGAUACAUUGUUAAUGCCUUUGUUGGAGACACUCUAUGAUGCUUCAAGGAGAACAUCAAAUCAAAUCUACAUGGUGCUGAUUAUUCUGCUUAUACUCAGUCAAGACGCUUCUUUUAAUGCUAGCAUCCAUAAGCUGAUUCUGCCUUCUGUUCCAUGGUAUCAAGAGAGGCUUCUUCAUCAAACAUCUCUUGGUUCUCUUAUGGUCAUCAUUCUAAUUAGGACAGUGAAGUAUAACAUGUCUAAGAUGCGGGAUGUUUAUCUACAUACAAAUUGCCUUGCAGCUUUAGCUAACAUGGCGCCUCAUGUGCAUCGAUUAAGUUCAUAUGCAUCACAACGCCUUGUUAGCCUUUUUGAUAUGUUGUCACGCAAAUAUGCAAAAUUAGCAGAGCUAAAGAACGAUAAAAUGCAGAUAAAUGAUGGUGAACUCAAAGAUGAUGAUAAACUUCCUGAAGAUACGUCAGCAGAAUUGCAUAUCUAUACGGACUUCUUGAGGAUUGUGUUGGAGAUACUGAAUGCAAUCCUGACUUACGCACUUCCAAGGAACCCAGAGGUGAUUUAUGCAAUUAUGCACAGGCAGGAGGUUUUUCAACCUUUCCGGAAUCAUCCGCGCUUCAAUGAGUUGCUGGAGAACAUUUUUUCUGUGUUGGACUUCUUCAAUAGCCGAAUGGAUGCACAAAAGUUGGAUGGUGAAUGGUCAGUUGAGAAGGUGCUUCAAGUAAUCAACACAAACUGCAGAUUUUGGCGAGGAGAUGGGAUGAAGAUGUUCACCCAAUUACGCUUCACAUAUGAACAAGAAAGCCACCCAGAAGAAUUCUUCAUUCCAUACGUCUGGCAGUUGCUAAUCUCUCGCAGUGGUUUCAGGUUUAAUCCCAGUAGCAUAAACUUAUUCCCGGUUGAGCUGCCUGUUGAGGUUAGUUAUGGAGCUGUGGAUGGGAAUACAGAAGAACAGAUGCUGUUAAAUGUGAAGGAGGCUGUGGAGUCGUCUGUUUAACACAACACAUCCUUUUAUGUACAUAUAUGCAUAGAGAAAAAUAAACAACACAUAAAUAAAUAAAUAAAAGAAUGUAUACACAUUGUGAUUUUCUAUUUCCAACACAAAGUUUUGAGUUUUGACAACCAUAUUAUCGAUAUGAUAGGAGUAGUUAAUUGUUUUAGCCAAAACCAUUAUUGAUUGAGGUGUU